AUGGGAGGAGUUGUACUGUGUGAAGAACAGUGUGAGGUGUCCUUCGAACUGGGACUGGUACACGCCUACUUCCCGGAAGCUUAUUCCGGCAUCAUUUCCCUUGUAUGGAAUACCGAUUUCCAACCGCAACUGAACACGUUUUCACUCAACCGAGAUGCACUGGCACGCUAUGAUCCACUGUCAAUCACUGUUGAGGAUACGGUAUUCACUUGGCCAACAAAUGAACACGUCUCCGAUCACACAACUGAACGCGGCGAUGUACACCUUCUCAGCAACAUUCGGUUUCACGAUAAAUCUUAUUUUGCGCUCGGAACUGACUUUCUACACCGAAUCAAACUACGCUUGAAAGCGCGUGGGACUACGUACGUGGAAGUCGCCAAAAAUCCGCGAUUCCCCUA